CUGCAGGACUGUCUCCCAGAACAAGAAGAGGGAGCAGAGGAGGGAGCCAGUGCCUCAAGGUGUUUGGGAUAGCAGCCUUGAAGGGGGUACACCUGGAAGAGGACAGAGGCCAGGCUUAGCACAACCACCCCUUCCACAUGACCGGGGGCACUGUAUGGAGUCUCCUGGAUACCCUCUGCAUACAACCAGCAUCUCAUCCUCAGAACUUCCUGGCUGUGGCCUGGGGACAUGAAGACAGCCCAACCUGUAGGGAAGGUGGGAGGGGAUGGGGUAACCCCUCUGCUGAGCCAGCACCUGGGGCUGUCUCCAAGGCCUGAGGGUUAACAGUGGGGCAGGCAGCCCUUCCCUUCAUUGGCAGCCUUCUCUUCCUGGGCAGCAUCCCUAGUAUGGGCAAGGCUGUGACCAGACCCAGCUCCAUGGGGACAGCCAGGCAACCUGCAACAGCACAUGGCACUCACAUUGAAAUUUCCCAAGCAGGCAGCUGCAUUAGUCUGUGGCCCUGCACAGCAGAGGAUCCUGUUCCCUGUCACUCACCCCCAGCUGUUUCUCUACCGCAGGGAUGCACCAGGGCCUCCAAAACUCUGCUGGGCCAAGACAUCCACGGGCAUUGGCUGCGAUGCCCAUGAAGAUAUCUCAGACAGGAGCAGCCUCAGGCCACGGCCGUGGAGCACCAGUCCCACGGCACAGCCCAGGCUCCCACGCAGUCCCACUAGCGGGGAGCCACCCACAGCCACAGACUAGGUCAAGAUGCUGCGCCAGGACAGGAGUGGGGGUGAAAAGGGGGGAGCCGGGGCCACACGGUGCCGCUGCAGGGCAGGUGCAGUCGCAGCUCCGGGCCGCGUGCCACCUCCGCUGUCCCUGCUCGCGGUGGCACGGACGGCUUAGUGGGCGCCGCCUGUGCCCGCACACUCCCUGGCAGGUGAUGUCGCAGGAGGACGCGGGAGUUGUCACCCGCGCGCUGGAUAAUCCGAGGAGAUGAGAGCAGGCGAGGCGGCGGCUCCGCAGCUAGCAUGGACCAGCAACAGGGGCCACCAGAGCGAAGGCCUGCAGGACCUGCCACGCACCCACAGCCCAAGGAGGGGAUGCUGUGGGGGUUCUUUGCCAUCCUGUCACUGCUGGCUGGGCUGGCCACAGGCACCCUGCGAACAACACACUGCAACGAGACGCUGGACGCAGCCCCCACGCCGCGGGGCAUGGCCACUGCCAGCCUGUCUGUGGAGGACGGUGCGGAGGCACCACUUGCGGCUGCCUGGAGCCAGCUGUACGGGGACAACGUGACAACAGGUAGCCCAGGCACCACAGAGCUGACGGAGGACCUGCUGCUGCGUGCUGAGCGCUCACCACCAGGCAUCAGCAAAAAGGGGACAAAAAGGAAAUCCUCACGGGGCACCCGUGGGCGCAACUGCCACAUCCGCAACCUGAUGGUGAAGGUGCGGGACCUGGGCCUGGGCUUCAACUCGGACGAGAUCGUGCUCUUCAAGUACUGCAGCGGGUCCUGCCACCGGGCACGCAGCAACUACGACCUGACGCUGGGCAGCCUGCUGCGGCAGCAGCUCAUCACCCCGGGACCGCAGGAGCGGGUCCUCAGCCACCCCUGCUGCCGACCCACCCGCUAUGAGGCUGUCUCCUUCAUGGAUGUGGAGAACACGUGGCAGACAGUGGAGAAGCUCUCAGCAGCUGAGUGCAGCUGUAUUGGCUGAGGAGGGGGCCACUGGCUUGGCCCCAGCUCAACA